AUGCCUUCGUUCACCGUCUUCAAGGGCAGCAAGGAUGGCGUUGUCGUCAAGGGCACCACCACCAAGCCCGACGAGCUGACUGGAGAUCACGUUCUGAUCAAGGUCACCGCCUCCGGUGUCUGCGGCACUGAUCUUCAUUACACUGGCGAGGACAUGGUUCUUGGCCACGAGGGUGUUGGUGUUAUUGAGAAGGUUGGCCCGGCCUGCAAGACACUCAAGGUUGGCGACCGGGUGGGAUGGGGAUACCAGACUGGCUCUUGCCAGCACUGCGCCUCUUGCCUUACCGGCGAGGAGACCUUCUGCAACGGCCGCGUCCUGUACGCCUAUGCCAACCGCGACCAGGGCAGUUUCUCGUACCAGGCUGUAUGGAGCGAGUCGUUCCUCCACCGCAUCCCCGACGGUCUUUCUGACGAGGAUGCCGCGCCUCUCCAGUGCGCUGGCGCGACGGUCUACACACCGCUCUACGAUGUCCGGCCCAACGAGGUCGUUGGCAUCAUGGGCGUCGGCGGCCUCGGCCACCUGGCCAUCCAGUUCGCCGCCAAGAUGGGCUGCCGCGUCGUCGUCAUCUCUGGCUCGGACAGCAAGAAGGAGGAGGCCCUGCGGCUGGGCGCGCACAGGUUCAUCACGAUGAAGGAGGCCGAGCAGGCCGCCAAGUCUGCCGACUGGUGGCCCAUCAAGCGCCUGCUCGUCACCACCUCGGCCCAGCCCAAGUGGGACGUGCUGCUACCCCUGCUCGCCAUGCGCGCCAACGUCUACCCUCUGUCCGUCUCGGCCGGCAACUUCGAGAUCCCCUACAUGCCCCUGCUCGCCCAGGGCCUCAACGUCGUCGGCUCUCUCGUCGCCACCCGCGUCAUGCACCGCGAGAUGCUGAGCUUCGCCGCCGUCCACGGCGUCAAGCCCGUCAUCGAGACGUUCCCCAUGACCGAGGAGGGCGUCAACGACGCCAUCAAGAAGCUCAACGACGGCAAGGUCCACUUCCGUGCCGUCCUCAUCCCCCCUCAGUAG